GGUAUAAAGAAGGAAAGACGCCACCGGGAUGUCAGUUCGAACCUUCCUCGACUAAGCUCAACAUGAACGCAAAGGUCCUGUGCCUCGUGCUGGUGGUGGCCGCUGCUGCCCAGGCUUCCAGGAGACCCUACGGGGGCUUCUCUGGAUCUUUCGAGUCCGGGUCCUUCGAGUCCUCUGAGGCCAAGUACGACUUCAACUGGGCCGUGAGGGACGACUCCUCCGGUAACGACUUCGGCCACCAGGAGUCCCGCGACGGCGACAGCACCAAGGGCUCCUACUACGUGCAGCUCCCCGACGGCCGCCUGCAGAAGGUGUCCUACUUCGUGGAGGGAGACUCUGGCUACGUGGCCCAGGUCAGCUACGAGGGCGAAGCGCGCUACCCUGAUUCCUUCGAGUCCUUCGAGUCCUUCGAGUCCUUCGAGUCCAGGGAGGGCCCCCGCCGCUACUCUCCCCCAAGGCCCGUGUACGGCUAGACUCUAACAAGAUAUCCCGCCGCGUCCCUCGCCUGAUCCUGCACCGCUUCGAACCCCGCCAUGCUUUGCCAGCCUAAGAGUAUAUUUAUUUUAUUUAUGAAACCCGAAUAAAGAAUCGAAGCAGUA